AUGCACCCAGCGGCCUUCCUGCUUUGCACUCUUGUGGCCACUUUGCUGUGGGGAGCGGCCCCCGUCCGGGGGCUCGUUCGAGCAAUUUCUGACCACAAUAACAGCAUGGACUUUGCAGACCUUCCAGCUCUCUUUGGGUCUGCCUUGAGACAUGAGGGACUUCAGGGGUUCCUUGUGGAGGCUCAGCCGGCCAACGCCUGCAGCCCCGUUGCCUCGCCACCCCCAGUUGCGGUCAAUGGGUCAGUCUUUAUUGCACUUCUUCGGAGAUUCGACUGCAACUUUGAUCUCAAGGUCCUAAACGUUCAGAAGGCUGGGUAUGGUGCAGCUGUGGUACACAAUGUAAAUUCCAAUGAACUUCUGAAUAUGGUGUGGAACAGUGAGGAAAUCCAGCAGCAGAUCUGGAUCCCAUCUGUGUUUAUUGGGGAAAGGAGUUCCAAGUACCUGCGUGCUCUCUUUGUCUACGAGAAGGGAGCUCAAGUGCUCCUGGUCCCAGACAGUAACUUCCUCCUGGGCUAUUGCCUCAUCCCUUUCACAGGGUUUAUGGGACUGCUGAUUUUGGCCAUGGGAGCAGGGCUGAUAGUUCGUUUUAUCCAGUACCAGAAACAGCUCCAGCAGAAUCGGCUGACCAAAGAGCAACUGAAGCAGAUUCCUAUACAUGACUAUCAGAAGGGAGACCAGUACGAUGUCUGUGCCAUCUGCCUGGACGAAUAUGAGGAUGGAGACAAGCUGAGGGUACUUCCCUGUGCUCAUGCUUAUCACAGCCGCUGUGUGGACCCCUGGCUCACUCAGACCCGGAAGACCUGCCCCAUCUGCAAGCAGCCUGUUCACAGGGGUCCCGGAGAAGGGGAGCAGGAGGAAGCAACUCAGGGGCAAGAGGGUGUUGAAGAAGGGGAGCCUAGAGACCACCCUGCCACAGAACGAACCCCCCUUCUGGGCUCCAGCCUCACACUUCCCACAUCCUUUGGCUCCCUAGCCCCAGCCCCCCUUGUUUUUCCUGGGUCUUCAAUAGCUCCAUCACCAUCUCCAUCCUCUUCUUCCUCUUCUGCUGUUGUCUUGAUCUGAUACCCUUCUCCAGCUCCCCUCUCCUCUUGAGACCUAAUUGCACAGUCCCUCUUCCUCCUGUCUUCCCCUUUGAGGGAUAGGGGACAUUUCCACCCCAGGUUUCUUUCUCCCUUACCCAACCCUAUCCUUUUGAGGGGGACGGGUGUAGAAAGGGAUGGGGUCCUCAAUUACUGGGUUAAUAAAAUUGUAUUUUCUGGAAUUAAAAAGAAAGUAUUCAGAAAGCUGUCAAAAACAAUUUGAAAGAACGUACUUUUAUAGUUUGUG